CAACGUGGGGCACUCGAGAGAAGUUUCCCUGCCCUGCCCUGCGACGAGCUGCGGGCUAUGAAGUCACAUCCGUUGAGCUUUUCUCACAGACCUACCCUACCCUACCCUACACAUGCUCUGCUCGUCUCCGCUUCCACACUCAAUUCUCCCCUACACCAAACAUUACAAUCAUGGGCUACGACAAGACUGAUCAGUUGGCCAUCAACACCAUCCGCACGCUCGCGGUCGAUGCCACCUUCGCCGCCAACUCGGGCCACCCCGGUGCGCCAAUGGGCAUGGCACCCGUCGCCCACGUCCUGUUCAACAAGUUCAUGACCUUCAACCCAAAGAACCCCAAGUGGCUCAACCGCGAUCGAUUCGUCCUCUCCAACGGCCACGGUUGCAUGGUGCAAUAUGCUCUGCUGCACCUCUUCGGCUACGAUCUCAGCAUUGACGACGUGAAGCACUUCCGUCAGGUCGACAGCAAGACUCCCGGCCACCCCGAGUCCCACGACACACCUGGCAUUGAAGUCACCACUGGCCCGCUCGGUCAGGGUUUCACCAAUGCCGUUGGUCUUGCUAUUGCUCAGGCACACACCGCUGCCGUCUUCAACAAGCCAGGCUACGAGCUCGUAAACAACUACACCUACACUUUCUUCGGCGAUGGCUGCGCUAUGGAGGGUGUGGCCAGCGAGGCUGCCUCGACCGCAGGUCACUUGCAGCUCGGAAACCUGAUCGCCAUCUACGAUGACAACCAUAUUUCCAUUGACGGUGACACAAAGUGUGCUUUCACCGAGGAUGUUACCAAGCGAUUUGAGGCCUAUGGCUGGCACGUGGAGUGGGUGAAGGACGGCGACAACGACCUUGAAGGCAUCGAGGCUGCUAUUAAGAAGGCCAAGGAGGUCAAGGACAAGCCAUCGAUGAUCCGAUUGACUACCACCAUCGGUUUUGGCUCCAAGCUCCAGGGCACUGGCGGUGUGCACGGCAAUCCUCUCAAGGAGGAUGACUGCCAGCAAGUCAAGCAAAAGUUUGGCUUCGACCCCAGCAAGAGCUUUGUUGUCCCACAGGAGGUUUAUGAUCUCUACCACAAGCACGCCUCCGAGGGUGCCGCUGCGGAGCAGGAGUGGAACCAGCUUCUCGAGAAGUACUCGAGCGAACACAAGGAGUUGGGUGCCGAUCUCAAGCGUCGCUUGACUGGCAAGCUCCCUGAGGGCUGGCAAAAGUGUCUACCAGUAUACAAGCCAAGCGACAAGGCUGUUGCUUCGCGUAAGCUCUCCGAAUCUGUUCUUGAAGCUAUUCACGAGGCUGUUCCAGAGCUGCUUUCUGGUUCAGCUGAUCUGACUGGCUCGAACAACACCCGAUGGAAGAACGCUGUCGACUUCCAGCCUCCAAGCCUUGGCAUUGGCGACUGGUCUGGUCGAUACCUUCGCUACGGUGUUCGUGAGCACGGCAUGGCCGGUAUCAUGAACGGUAUUGCCGCCUAUGGCACCCUCAUCCCAGCCGGAGGCACUUUCCUCAACUUCGUGUCUUACGCUGCCGGUUCCGUUCGCCUCUCCUCGCUAUCGCAGCACCGCGUCAUCUAUAUUGCCACACACGAUUCUAUCGGUCUGGGAGAGGACGGUCCCACCCAUCAGCCCAUCGAGACACUCGCACACUUCCGUGCUCUGCCCAACAUGAUGGUCUGGCGUCCUGCCGAUGGCAACGAGACUUCCGCCGCUUACUACGUUGCUCUGACGAGCGAACACACGCCUUCCAUCCUGGCGCUGACUCGUCAGAACCUGCCACAACUUGAGGGCUCGACAAUUGAGCGUGCCAUCAAGGGUGGAUAUGUCGCGCUUGAGAACGAAGGCGCUCAGAUCACCCUCGUUUCCACCGGUUCAGAAGUGUCACUUUGCUUGGAGGCUGUGAAGUACCUGAAGGACAACAACAACAUCACUGCUCGAGUGGUAUCCAUGCCUUGCGUAGAGGUGUUUGACGCUCAACCGAAGGACUACAAGCUCUCUGUCAUUCCAGACGGCAUCCCUGCUCUUUCCGUUGAGGUCAUGAGCACUCUUGGAUGGGAGAAGUACUCGCAUGAGCAAUUCGGUCUCAACAGAUUCGGCGCCUCCGGUCCAUACAAGAAUGUCUACAAGAAAUUUGAAUUCACUCCAGAGGGCAUUGCGAAGCGUGCAGUUGCGACUGUCGAUUUCUACAAGGAUGUCAAGCCUCUGCGAUCGCCACUCAACCGUGCCUUCCAACAGCUUAUCUGAAUUCAGUAUAUGGCCAUGGUCAUAGAUACCAGUAGCCGCGGCGCUGAGAAAAGCAUAAUGGGAAGCGAUUAGAGAGACCUUGAAUCUCAUAGAUAAAAAUGCUACGAUGUUGAACGAUUG